AAACGGAAAGCUCUCGGUAUUGUCGAUUACUUUCGUUUCCGGAGUAAGUUUCGAUUUCUCUUCGCCAAGAAACUGAACGGAAUGAAGUCAACGCUGUGCUGCGGAUACCGCAGUCUUUGCCGGACCUGCGGUGAGAAAGCAUUGUUUUCUCCGACGCUCCCAGCUCCGAGCUUGAAAGAACAUAUUUUGCUGCAAGGACACUAUGAAGUCUGCCAUCCAGACAUCCAACAAAACUAAGAAUUAUCCACGUAAAAGGAUGAAAAAGAACGCAGAAAAUCAUUUGUGCAGCCACUAUGAAGAGAAGGUCCGUCCCUGUAUUGACCUCAUUGAUUCACUGAGGGCCCUUGGAGUGGAAAAGGACUUGGCGUUGCCAGCAAUUGCUGUGAUUGGAGAUCAGAGCUCUGGAAAAAGUUCAGUUCUAGAGGCCUUGUCUGGAGUUGCCCUUCCUAGAGGCAGUGGGAUUGUUACCAGAUGCCCCUUGGAGCUCAAGAUGAAAAAAAAUAAUAAUAUAAAGGAAUGGAAGGGGAAAAUGGUGUAUCUGGAAACAGAGGUGGAACUGAAAGAUCCAUCAGAGGUGGAAGUUGCAGUUAGGAGAGCUCAGAAUGCAAUAGCUGGCGAAGGACUGAGUAUUAGUAACAAAUUAAUUACCCUGGAAAUUAGUUCUCCAGAUGUUCCAGAUCUCACCUUAAUUGAUCUUCCAGGAAUUACAAGAGUGGCAGUGGGUAAUCAACCACAAGACAUUGGCCAUCAGAUCAUGAAAUUAAUUCAAAGUUAUAUUACCAAACAAGAAACCAUAAAUUUGGUUGUGGUUCCAAGUAAUGUUGAUAUUGCUACUACAGAGGCAUUGAAAAUGGCUCAAACAGUAGAUCCCGAAGGAGAGAGAACGCUUGGUAUUCUAACCAAGCCUGAUUUGAUUGACGAAGGAACUGAGGAUGAGACCAUUGAUAUUGUCCGGAAUCAAAGAGUGCCUCUGAAAAAAGGAUACAUGAUUGUUAAAUGUCGUGGGCAAAGUGACCUCAUUAAUAAACUGAGCUUGGAGGAUGCAAUCAAGAAAGAGAGAGAAUUUUUUGAAGAGCACAAGUUUUUCAGUGUUCUUUUGGAAGAAGGCAGAGCUACCAUCCCACUUCUGGCAGAAAAUCUUACACAAGAGCUCACUGAACACAUUCAGAAAUCACUGCCAGCUUUAGAAAAGCAAAUAGAAAUCAGCCUUGAGGUAAUUCGUCAAAAACUUCAGAAGUAUGGUGAAGGUGUUCCUGAAUCCUUAGAGGACAAGAAAUAUUUUUUUGUGCAAAAAAUCAAUGCUUUUAAUAAGGACCUCUUAAACAUUGUAAAUGGAGAAGAGGAUAUAAAAUACUCAAAGAGCAAAAGAACAAUUACAGAUAUUCGACAGGCAUUUAAUCAAUGGCAAGAUACAAUUAAUGAUAACAUUAUAGAAAUAUCUCAAUCAGAAGAAACAACUGGACUGUUCUCACCUGGAAACAAAAUAAAAGUAAAUAAUUUUACAUAUAGAGGAACUAGGAAUUUUGAACAUAUAUCCCGUGGCAGAGAACUUCCAGGGUUUGUCAAUUUCAAAGUCUUUGAGGACGCCAUAAAAUGGCAAAUUGAAAAACUAGAGUAUCCAGCAAUUGCAGUGUUGAAAGAAGUUGCAGAACUUGUGCAGAACACUUUUCUUCAACUUGCUGUCCAACACUUUAGUAGUUACUAUGCUCUCUGCAAUGUUGCUCGGCGCAAUAUUGAAGAUUUAAAGCUCACACAAGAAGAGAAAGCAAAAAAUAUGAUAGCCACUCAGUUUAAACUGGAAAAUGUGGUAUACUGCCAGGAUACUAUUUAUAGUGAAGAUUUUAGAACUGUAAGAGCGACAAAAAUCUCUUCGGUUCCUGAUAUAGCUGGUUUUAAAGAAAAAUGCUCAGUGGAGGAAUUGCUUUACCACAUGACUGCCUACUAUAAAAGUGUAAAAGUCCGGCUUGGUACUCAGAUUCCUAUGAUCAUACAGUUAUACGUGUUCAGGGAUUUUGCUGAGAGGUUACAGAAUGCAAUGAUGCAGGUUUUGCAAAGCGGAGAUCAGCUGGAAAUUCUCUUUCGUGAGGGAAGGGAUGUGGUCAACAUAAGGAAUUCUUUAAACGAAAGGAUCGGGCGACUUCAUAAAGCUCGACGACUUUUGAAACAAUUCUUUAUUUAAAUAGAACGGCUAAUAUUUCUGUAAAAAAACUUCAGGUAGCAGCUCUGCUUCUGUUAGAUUAGUAUAUUAAGGGUAUUUGUAACUUAUGCUUAAACAUUUGUAAAAUUAUUCAGUGAUGUUGCCCAACUUAAAUAGUGCAUUUAGAACCACAAUUGGCAAAGAAAAGUGAAGAGAAUUAGAAUUUGUAUUUGCUACUUUACAUGCACAGUAUAAAUCACUGUUACUGUGGACCUUUUCCUACUAUUGAGUCAAAUGCUAACUGCACUCUCUUUUACACACACACACACACAAACACGCACACACAAACACACACACACAGAGAGAGGGGGGGGGCAGGGAAGUGCAAUUGCCUCUCUCUGUCUCUGUCUCUCUCUGCAAAGGCAGAGGAGGCUGGGAGCCACAGGGGAAGGCUCAAAGAGCCGCAUGCGGCUCUGGAGCCGCAGGUUGCCAACCUGUGUCCUAGCUCUAGUACUGCUUUGUACUUCUGAUAUCUCAUUAUUGCAACAACUUAUUCUAUGUAACAAAAUUUAAACUUUAUUACUGUCUUCAGAUUGGUAAUGAAAAUCCACACAAGACAAAACAUUAAACAGAAUUCAAUGACAAAGUCAUAGCUUGACAUUACAUGUGAGAGAUGUUCUUAGAAACAUAAUAUGAACAUUCCAGAUCAAUCUUCUUUGUGAUUUGAAUUCAAUUAUUCUAAUGAACAUCCGAGUAAGAUCUGCAACUUACUUCCACCAAAGAUAUUACCUGAAAUUAACAAUUUCUCACAUGAAAAUGUGUUUAUUCCAGUGAAAAAUAAAACCUGUACAUCUCAUUUAAGGUUACAUUUUGGAGUGCAAAAAUAAAAUACAGUAUGUUGAAAAAGAGGAGAAUUUGUAAUAUGCUUUGCAAUCCCAAACAGUCUGCUAGUUAGAGUGUACUGUGUAUCAGUGGUUCUCAACCUGUGGUCCACGGAUCCUCGGGGGGGGGGGUAGGUGUCUGAGGAGUCUUGAAAAAUAUUAUGAUUUAAAUCUUAAGUCUUGGAGGUCCAUGGCCACAAAAGGGGGCUUGUGGUGAAGAAAGGGUUGAGAACCACUGGUGAAUAUAGUUUAUCAUUAGCAUAGUAAAAACACAGCCAGAGAUAGUCAAUCUAUAUGACAAUAAAGUAGAAUUAAUAGUAUAAUGAGAUGGUUUAUAUGCAUGUGUAACUGUCAUGUAACUUUGUAACCAGUCAGCAAUUCUUUGUUUCCUGUAGUAAAUUGUAUAAAAAUAGCUGUGCCUGAUUUCUGGCAUGUUCCCAGGGUGUGAAACCCACAGGCAUCCCCCCCCCCUUCUGCUUCGGUAGAGAAAUAAAGCUUUGUCUUUCCUCAA